CCCCUACUCAGCCCUCGCUCGGCGCUGCGCCUCCCGGGGGGCUCGUGCUGUCGUGCCGCCGGCGCAACAAGGUCCCGCCAGGGCCAUCCACGUCUUCGGAUCGGACGAAAUGGCGGCCAGCUGGCGGAUCGUCUGUCUCGCCGAGUGUGCUUUUUCAGACGAUUAAAGUUUGCUCGCUGCCACUGUCUCUCCGGAACACACACACACACACCUACGCGGCACGUCACGCACACUGACCCUGGCAACGCUGAAAAGCGCGCAAAGAUGAGGAGAACCUUAGUUUAUUGA